AUGGAGCAAGGGCAGGAAUUUCCUACUGAUGUGGUCCUCGGUGCAGUUGCAGAUGGUCUGAAACAUAGUCAUCCUCACCUACACGUCACGCUCUCUAGCAACCAUGCUACGUUCGAGGAAAGUCUUUCUGCAGCCCAACAGUCCGUGAGUGGCCUGCUUGAUCGGAUCUUGCUGCCAAACAAAGAUCCAGUUUACCGUCAGAGACUGCGUGAAAUGGCAGUUCAGAAUCAGAAUACAGACUCCGAAGGACCCCAGCUCGAAAUGGGUCGCCCGAUAAGGACUGCGGGAAUGCUCAGCGACGAAAGUAUGCCAACCCCCCUCUCUCCACACCGACAGGCCUUACUCAAGAAGAGGUUCGUUGAUGAUGACAACUACGAACCGCGAAGCCCCUACGCCCUCAACCUUCGCCCUCUGCUGAGUGAGAAAACCCUCGCAGCUGUUGUAGGCAAUGUUGUACUGUCUGCUAUCGACUACGAUAACAACAUGCCACGCUGUGAAAUGCGCCAUGUGCAAAUUCUAUGGGAUACCGGCGCGCCGAUCACAGUCAUCACGAGUGAUGUUCUUACCGAUGAAUUUCGAAAACACUUGUCGGAUCCUGUUCACCAGCCGUAUCGAAACCACGAUAUGACCCGAGUUCAAGCUGGCUUCUUUUUUGAGUUCUCGAAUGUCAUGUUCCAGCAGGAUAGUAUUGCCUUGAUUGUCGACAAGGAGGCUGUUCCAAAUGGGCGUUCCGGCAUCAUCUUAGGUCAGAAAGCUUGCAUUGAAGUACUUCAAUAUCGGUCAAUCCCGCGUGCAAUUCUGGAGGCCCGUGGGGAGACGGUCGAAGAACAGUUCUGGGGGGACCUAGUUGUGGAAAGCUAUGUUCAUUAUGAUGGGACUUUGCAGCAAGUGUGA